AUGGAACUUUGGGAUGUAGUACAUUUUACAUCAGAAAACACGGUAGAAGCUGUACCCUACACCUGGUUAAAAAAGUCAAAAUGUGCAUGGCCUAAAAAUCCAAAAUUGGUAAAAAGAUUCAUCUUAAAUCAUGUUAAACCAAACACCACGGAAUUUUAUUACUGCCCAGCAAAAAAAUUGGGAAAUAGGAGUUAUGAUUCAUUGGUAUUUGCUCAAAUGAAGGCUGCAAAAGCUACAUUUACUACGGAUUUGUCCUCAACUGAUGAUGCACAAUGUAUGCCAAAAAAAAUAUAUUCAACUAAACGUUAUACUCUGAACAGUAAACAACAAUCCGGUAUAAUUACAAAUGAACCAUAUACCUGUCCACCAAAAUAUGAUGAUUAUUUAGAAUCAAAACGUGAAGAUUUAAGUAGUAAGGACAAUAUUGAACAAAACAAAGUUCAUAAGCCAUCUAACAGCUGUUCACCAAAAUAUACAAGUAAUGUGUAUUUUUUUUAUUAA